AUGUGGACAUCGCUGUCAGUGUUCCUGCUCCUGUCAGUUUUAUUCUUCUGUGGAUGUGCGACUUUCGUGUGCCCACGGAUCUGCCGCUGCUUCUCCGACACAAUCAGGUGCAACAAUGUGACAGAAAGAUCAGCUGUGAUGAUGGGCGACAGGGAUGAAAGGAAUGAAAGACUGUUUCUCUAUCAAUUGUCUUUGCAAACUAUUUCAAGCCAUUCUUUUGAGGGAUUGAAAGGAGUCCAGAGGAUUGAGAUUUCUGAGAGUGUAACCCUGAAAACCAUUGAGACAUUAGCAUUCAACAAUCUUCUCAACCUCUCUGAAAUCUCAAUCGGGAAGACAAGGAAUCUGAUGCACAUCGACAGAGGGACAUUUAACAACCUUCCCAAGCUUCGCUACUUAAGCAUCUCAAAUACUGGCAUAACGGUUUUUCCUGGUAUUACAUCAAUCAAUUCUCUUGAAUCAGAGUUUAUCUUGGAGAUAUAUGACAACCUUUAUCUACAAGAAAUACCUCCCAAUGCUUUCGCCGGAGUGACAAAAGAGUAUGUUAAAAUGAACCUGUACAACAACGACAUAAGAGAAAUACACGAGCAUGCCUUCAAUGGGACAAAGAUAAAUAAGCUAGUUUUGAAGAAUAAUCGAAACCUCAGAGUGCUUCACAUGGAUGCUUUUAAAGGAGCCACGGGUCCUGGAGUUUUGGAUGUCUCUGCAACAGCUCUCACAAAGUUACCAUCACAGGGACUGGAGUCGGUUCUGGAGUUGUUUGCUCAGUCAGCAUAUGCCUUGAAGAGUCUGCCUCCUCUGCAGGGCCUGUGGAGCCUACGAAAGGCUCAUCUCACCUACAACAGUCACUGCUGCGCACUGCUGAGCUGGAACACCAACAGGGACUUUCCAAUUAAUCCUGCAUGGAAUAAUGGCUCUAUGUCUUGUGGUGAUCCACCAGCAAGGGCUCAGCAGGUGAUUGGAGGCUCAGCAGACACAACUCUACUUGUGAACAUGCCAUUUUUUCCAGAAGUUGACCUGUUUGUGGAGGACGACGGCUUCGGAGAUCUGAAUUUUCAUUAUCCAGAACUGGACUUCUGUCAGACCCAACCAACAUUAGUUUGCACACCUGAAGAAGAUGCUUUCAAUCCCUGUGAGGACAUUGCAGGUUUCAGUUUCCUCAGAGUCGCCAUUUGGUUCAUCAAUAUCCUGGCGAUCACAGGCAACCUGACAGUGCUGCUGGUUUUCUUUACCAGCCGGAACAAGCUGACGGUGCCUCGCUUCCUCAUGUGCCACCUCGCUUUUGCUGACCUCUGCAUCGGGGUUUACCUUCUGAGCAUAGCUACAGUAGACUUGCGAACUCGCGGCCACUACAGUCAACAUGCUAUUGAAUGGCAGACAGGGCCCGGCUGUAGCGCUGCAGGCUUUCUGUCUGUGUUUGGUGGGGAGUUGUCAGUCUACACACUUUCCACCAUCACUCUGGAGCGCUGGCACACCAUAACCAACGCUCUGCAGGUGGAGCGCCGCCUGGCUCUUACACAUGCAGCGGCUAUAAUGGCGGCCGGUUGGCUCAUCUGUUUAGGGAUGGGGAUGCUGCCCCUGGUUGGUGUGAGCAGUUACACCAAAGUCAGCAUGUGCCUACCCAUGGACAUAGAGACUCCUCUGGCUCAGGCCUUCAUCAUAAUAAUCCUGCUCUUCAACGUGGGCGCCUUCAUCGUUGUGUGUGUUUGCUAUGUGCUGAUCUACCUGGCUGUGAAGAACCCAGAGUUCCCGAGAAGAAGCGCCGACACCAGGAUUGCAAAGCGCAUGGCCGUGCUCAUCUUCACAGAUUUUCUCUGCAUGGCGCCCAUCUCCUUCUUUGCCAUCUCUGCUGCCUUCAAAGUUCCCCUCAUCACCGUUACCAACUCUAAGAUUCUGCUGGUCCUUUUCUUUCCCAUCAACUCAUGUGCCAAUCCCUUCCUUUACGCCAUCUUCACCAAGGCUUUCAGAAAGGACGCGUAUCAGCUCAUGAGUGCCAUGGGCUGCUGUAAGAGCAAGGCCAGCGUUUAUCGCAUGAAGGCCUGCUGCUCAGAAAAUGCAAUGAAGAGCAACUUCGGAUCCAAUAAAAAAGGAUCCCCCACAGGAGCGAGGCUGGCGGCCCUGCCACAUCAGAACCAUCAGCUGAAAGAGGAGGGAGAGCUCACCUGA